AUGCUAGACCUUGCUGCAGACCACUCUCUUACUCUUGGAUAUCGAUGGAGCCCCACCAAAUGUGAAGUUAUAUAUCCCAAAACACGUGCAAGCUCGCCAGUUCCACUUCUUUUAUAUGGUCAAGUUCUCCCUGCCACUGACCUGUUUAUUUAUCUGGGUGUUCCUUUUGCCAAUAAGGGUAUUUCUUCCAAGUCCAUUGCCACUCAUAGACGUUCUGGUACACUUGCUACAAUGGCAACCCUAAACUCUGUUGGUGCUUGUCGUUCUGGUUUUUCUCUGCUGCUCAGUUCACGACUGUAUAAAACUUUUGUUCGCCCAAAGUUUGAAUAUGGUUUGGCUAUUUCCACUCUGCUGAAGCAAGAUAUUAAAGUUCUGGAGUCCAUUCAAGAUAAGUGUCUUCGCAUGAUUGUUGGGGGGCAUGCCACGUCCUCUACAAUUGUGUUGAAGCACAUCUGCAAUCUGCCAAGUAUGAAGUUUCGUGCAGAUGUUCUUAUAGCCAAAUUUUGUAUCAGAUCACGCUUUCUGCCUGCCCAGUGCCUUUUGUCUCUUUUACACCAUCAUCAUACCAUCUAUUCUUCACUUGCCUCCCUGGGAAAAACCAACCUUCUGUCACAUCUCCCUCCAACACUCAAACUCCAAAGCCCUAGUGCAGUAAAAAACCAUUUUGAAAGCAUUAGAGAAGCUGGAUUUACAACCUUUCUCCAGUCCAAUACACAAGUUCUCAUUCAAGCAUGCCGCCCAGUUCUUGGAGUUGAUCCAAUUUUGUUUCUGCCAGCCUCACGUGUGGAACGUGGCCGUUUGAUUCGUUGGAGAAUGGGAUGGUUGCCAGGCAAACCAAAGGAAUGUCCUUGUGGAUCUGAUCACACCUCACGCCGCCAUUUGUUGGAUUGCCCACUUGUUCCUGUGGCACUAUUUGAACAGUUGCCUCAAUCUGACUAUGACCAGAUACACAGAAUUGAUUUUGCCAUCACAUCCUUGCCUUUGUCAUCUCAAGAACCGCGACCUGCUUACUGGAUACCACUGCUGACUAUUCUCUGGCACAUAGAUGUUAUAUGUAAUCCUGAUGGUGACUAUUCACAUGAGACUGAACAUGGUGCUCUUUGGAUAUAA